UUUUGCUUCCGUAUGGGAACAACGCGCUCGUGCCUUCCUUGGUCAGGAUUUACAGGUUGACAUUUCUGUGUGAAUUUGGGGAAAAUACUGAACCGUCGGUAGCUAUAUAGUUGGUAGACUUGCAGCUAGCUUACUGUGAACAUGUCUAUGUAACCUAGUGCGUUUGCUUUUUUUGUUGUUGUAAGUAGCUAGGUAGUUAGCUAGCUAACAAAAUGUUAACCAGGCUUGGAGUUUUGUACCUGAAUGACAAUGGUUAUAUGAACAUUGUCAAAACACUUUGCACUAGUACAAAUAGAUACCUUAAAGGCUUUGCCUCGGAUGAUAUAAAGAACUUUAUUAUAGAAAACACUGAGAUCGUAAGAAAGCAUAACUUGACCCCAGAAAUCCAUUUGAGACUGUUCACCCCAAAUUGUCGGUUUUGGCAUGCAAGACCAGAACUGUGGCCCUUCUCUGACCCAUUCUGGGCAAUAUACUGGCCAGGGGGACAAGCACUCGCCAGGUACAUUAUUAAUGCUUUGAAAGCACUAUUGUAUUGAAAUGAAAUGGAUCAAAUUAAUUAACACUAAUAUGCCCAUAACAUUACCCACCACAUCUCUCCAGGUAUCUCUUGAGUAACCCUGGAGUGUCGCAGGGCAAGAGAGUGUUAGAUCUGGGGUGCGGCUGUGGAGCCUCAGCUAUAGCUGCCAAGUUCUGCGGUGCUUCUCAUGUAGUAGCCAAUGACAUCGAUCCUGGUAAGACAACACUUUUGUACAUUUGACUGAUUGAUUAUAUCCUUUGGGUAUGAAGACCUCUCUCCUGAUUCUCCCUUUCAUUCCAGUUGCAGCCAUCGCGACCCAGCUGAACUGUGAGCUGAAUGGCCUGAACCCCCUCCCUUGUGAUACGGAGAACGUUAUUGGUUCAGAGCCCAAGGGUUAUGAUCUCAUCCUCCUGGGAGACAUGUUCUAUGAGGAGGCGUUGGCGGACAGCCUCCACAGCUGGUUAAACCGCUGCAUCCAGACCCACAGAACACAUGUCCUGAUAGGAGACCCUGGGAGGGCCCAGUUUGAAGGACACAGCAUCAGGAGGCUCCUGCGUCAGGAGGCUCAGUUUGAACUGCCUAAAGCUGUCAGAGAGGAGAACUAUGGACUGACCUGCAGCACUGUGUGGCGCUACCUGCCUGAACUCUGACACAUAGAUAACAUCUCUCACAAACCCAGAUUGUAUGUGCUUUAGCGCACUCCUUCAACUGUUGUUGUUCGUGACACUUGACAUAUGAUUGUGGAAUUGAUAUCACCAAGUGCAUGGCAUUGACUCAAUCAAAACCUGUCGAUCUUUGCCAUGAAGUUAAAUGUACUGUCGUUAAACAACCACCUCUUUUGACAUUUCAAACCUAACCAUGGGUUGGUCAGGAAGCCAUUCACCUGCUCCAGACGUCAUGUCAUCUUCAUCACACAGCCAUCCCUCAUCAUUCUCCAGGCCAGGUGGGCCGUGUUGCGGGCAUCGU